AGAAAAAGCAGCCAAAAAGUUUCUCUUGAAACCAAAACAAUGGCUGCAGUUCAUGGCUAUGUUCUUGCAAGCAUCCCCUUUACCAAAAUGCCCAAAGCCAUUCUCAACAAGGACUACAAAAUGAAGGUUCCAUACACACUGAAACAAGGGCAAUCUCGUAAAUUUCACCAACUCCCUUCUGGGCUGAACAUGGAAGUCAUCUAUCAAAAGGGUCUGAAAAACAAAUACCCAAAUGAGAAACCACCAUUAGUGUUCAUCCAUGGAAGCUUUCAUGCAGCUUGGUGCUGGGCGGAACAUUGGUUGCCUUUCUUUUCUGAAAAUGGGUUUGAUUCGUAUGCCCUCAGCCUAUUGGGGCAGGGUGAAAGUGAUGCACCGGAUGGUCAAGUAGCAGGUUCUCUUCAGACACACGCAGCCGAUAUUGCCCAUUUCAUCCAGAAACAAACCACAUUGUCCCCGGUGUUGAUUGGACAUUCGUUUGGAGGGCUUAUCGUUCAGUACUACAUUGAAAAUUUUGGAAAAGAUUCCAAAGGAAAUGUUGCUGGAUCUGUACUUAUUUGCUCUGUGCCCCCUACUGGGAAUAGUGGCUUAGUAUGGCGAUAUAUUUUCACAAAACCUGUUGCUGCCUUUAAGGUCACUAUGAGCUUAGCAGCUAAAGCUUUUCAAACAUCAUUACCCCUUUGCAAGGAAACAUUUUUCUCCCAGGAAAUGGAUGACCAUCUUGUCCAACGUUAUCAAGAAUUGAUGACAGAAAGUUCAAGAAUGCCGUUGUUUGAUCUAAAAAAGCUCAAUGCUUCACUUCCGGUUGCAUCAAUGUCAAACCGUUCAACCACAGUUCUGGUUAUGGGUGCAGAAAAUGACUUUGUUGUGGAUACAAAGGGGCUUGAGGAAACCGCGAGUUUCUAUGGUGUGCAACCAGUAUGUGUUGAAGGGGUUGCUCAUGACAUGAUGCUCGAUUGUUCGUGGGAAAAAGGUGCAGAAGUGAUCUUGUCAUGGAUUAAAGGUUUAGAAGGAUAAGGUGUUGGAAAAUGAUAAGAACUGCUCAGCAGAAGCAUUAACUCAACUGUGUGAUCAACCCUUUCAGAAGUCCUAACUUUGUAUGAUCAAAGCGGUGAUGAAUAAUAGGUAAAUGGUAGUUUAUAAUCUUCGUGUAAAGAUUGGUUUCGGUAGCAAGUGUUAUUCAUUGAGGUAUGCAAACUCGCGCUCAGUGUUGAGGCCAUUGGAUUUUUAUCUUCUCUUUUUUGUUUCUUCUGGAUGUUGAGACUAUUCUUUAGGAAUCUUUUUUCUAUAAGAUCCAGGGCAUUCUUUUAGUAA